AGAAGUUAACUUUUAUAUUUAUAAAAGAAAAUAAAAGAUAAAAUAAUGAAUGUAAAAAAUUAUUUGGCGAUAUUCUUAAUAGAAAAGUGGUAACAUUGUGAAUAAAUCCCAUGGGAUUAUGAACUAGAGAGAGUUGGGGGACAACAGGGGUCAGACAGACACUGUGGUCUCUGCUUUCAAAUUAAACACUUGUUGUUGUGUUUACUCUGCAGUGUUUUCCCUGGUCCAACUCGAGUGUGCAAAGCUAGCUCUGUAGUUCAUUAAACUCUUGGCUCUCCAUCACCACCAACCUAGGAAGCACUUGUCAAGAUGACCUCUUCUGUUCACGCUCAUGGCCUCAUCAUCUCUCUCAUUUUUCUGUCUAUUUUCUUACCCAAUGUGAAUGCAAAUGGUGGUGCAGCAUCCAUGCAGAUGAUGAUGAUGAAUGAGAGCCGGAGAAAAUUGGGAAGUUUCCAGAUAUGCGCACUAUGCACCUGCUGUGGUGGAGCCAAAGGGAUCUGCUUGCCCUCUCCAUGUUGCUAUGCCAUCAAUUGUAACAUUCCCAAUAGACCUUUUGGCUUCUGCUCUUUCACCCCUAAAACAUGCAAUUGCUUUCAAUGCCAUCUUUAGUUCUUUCUCUUGCAACUUCCCUAAAGUUAAUCACAGUUUUUCACCUUCCAAUCAUGAUACUAAUUCGGGUAUUAUAUUGGGGUGCCGCAUUUGUAAUAUCUUUUGCUAUUUUUUUAUUCAUAAUGGUUCCUGCAUCAAUGCAAUUAGCCUUGGUAUGUGUAUUAUUCUCCCUUUUCUAUGUGUUUUAUGAUACUAAUACCAACGCUUCUAUAAUGUCAAUUAUUAAUAAAGCAAGAAUAUUGCACUUCUGUA